UGGGAUUACAGGCAUGAGCCACCAUGCCCGGCAAGUACUCCUUUUUAUGUUAGAUUUGCUAGGGUUUAGCAGCUCACAGAACCGAGGAAAACAGUUUACUUAGCUGAUUUAUUACAAAGGACAUUUUAAAUAUUACAAAUGAACAGCCAGCUAAAGAGUUACAUACAGCAAGUUUUGGAAGGGUCUUAGUUUUAGGAGGUCUGUCUCCAAGCAGUUGGGAUGUACCAUUCUUUCAGCAUGUGGAUGGCUCUUCACUCAUCCAGAAGCUCUUUGAAUCCCAUCAUUCAGGGAUUUUUACAAAGUGUUCAUCUAGUAGGCAUAAUUGUUAUCAACUCGAUCUCCAGCCUCUGCCCUUUACCAGAGGAUAGGGGGUGGGACUGUAUGUUCCAAGCUUAUAAUCAUGUCUUGGUCUUUCAGGUAAUCACCCCCUAUCCUAGAGCCCAAUAAUAAUUGUUUUGUUAGAACAAAAGACACUCCUAUCACCCAUGAAGUUCCAAUGCAUUACGAGCUCUGUAUUGAGAACCAGGGUCAAGGACCAAAAAGAACAAAAGCUUCUCCUAGCAACUUUAUUACUUAGGAAAUCACAGGGGUUUGGGGGCUGUGUGCUAGGAACUGGGGAUGAAAACCAAACUAUUUCUUAUAAAUAACAAUGUCACAUACAUGUUCAUAUAUUCAUGUUGUUAGUGUUCUUUCAUUUCAACUUGAGGAACUCCCUUUAGCAUUUCUUGUAAGGUAUGUCACUUGUAAAGUGUGUCUUGUAAGGUAUCCACCAUCAUAAAAUGAAAUUUGAAGCUGCUUGGUAGAUAAAUUCAUGCUGAAUUUAUCUAAAGGUCAGACUUGAGGAAGUGGUAUUUCUAGAAGCCUCACGUGGAAGAGACAGAAUCAUUCAAUAGAAGUGUAUACAGAGAACCAGCGGAAGGGAGAAGGAAUGGAGGGAGGCUCAUGAGGGCUGAGAUGCGUGGAGAAAGCCUGCAAGCACACAAACCAAGAAUAAUUAAAUCUGAGAAAUUCCAGGAUUGAUCUGUAGGUGGAGACCACAUCUACAUGAUUCAGGGAUUCUUAGAAUUUGGAAUCAUAGAGGGAAUUGAACAUUUCAGAAUUCCAUGGACUAGGUAGCAUAUGGAACUCCAUGAUUUUCACAUUUCUAGGUCUAAAAUCAAAAUAUUUAUAUCUUUAUUAGCAACAAUAGUCAUUCUCUUCUUCUGACCCUGGAAGAGGAGAACCACCAACCCAACCCAUCCCCCACCCACUGCAUGUCCUUGUUGGUUGGGCUGGGGCUAAUGGCUUUGGGACAGAUGUUAGAAGCAAAACUAGAGUGUCAUGGUUUUUUUGUUUUAUUUUUUGUUUUUCUCAGAAUUGUCUUCUUACUGCUUGGAUGGUGUGAGUGAAAACCCAGAGGAGUACAUUUGGUGGCUGAGCUAGUACAAUGCCAUCACUGGACAGUCACUUUGAUCUUGCUCCACUGAACACUGGCAGAGAUAGCCCUGUUUGCAGUAGAAUGUCCAUAAUGUUUUCGGAUUCCAUGACCUUCGAGGAUAUAGUUGUAGACUUCACUCGGGAAGAGUGGGCCCUGCUGGACACAUCCCAGAGAAAGCUGUUUCAAGAUGUGAUGUUGGAGAACAUCAGUCAUCUGGUCUCUAUUGGCAAACAGCUCUGCAAAUCAGUUGUGCUUUCCCAUUUGGAGCAAGUAGAGAAACUUUCAACACAAGGAAUAAGCUUACUGCAAGGUAGAGAAGGUGACAUUAAACAUCAAGAGAUACCAUUCAUUCAACAUACCUAUCAGAAGGGCACAUCCACCAUCAGCACAAUGAGAUCUCAUACUCAAGAGGAUCCUUUUCUAUGUAAUGAUUUAGGAGAAGAUUUCACUCAACAUACAGCAUUGACUCAAAAUGUGAUUACUUACAUGAGAAAGAAACACUUUGUAAGCAAAAAGUUUGGGAAAACCUUCAGUGACUGGUUAUCCUUUAAUCAACACAAGGAAAUUCACACCAGAUGUAAAUCAGAUGAAGGUCAUCUAUUUGAUUAUGCCUUUAUCCAAAGCUCUGCCCUUAGACCACACAAUGUGACUCAUACUAGGGUGAUAACAUUGGAAUGUCAUGUGUGUGGGAAAACCUUCAGCAAAAAUUCUAAUCUUAGGCGACAUGAGAUGAUUCACACUGGAGAGAAACCACACGGAUGUCAUCUAUGUGGGAAAGCCUUUACUCAUUGCUCUGAUCUUCGAAAACAUGAGAGAACUCACACUGGAGAGAAGCCAUAUGGAUGUCAUCUAUGUGGGAAAGCCUUCAGUAAAAGUUCUAACCUUAGACGACAUGAGAUGAUUCACACUAGAGAGAAAGCACAGGUAUGCCAUCUAUGUGGGAAAGCCUUCACUCAUUGCUCUGACCUUAGAAAACAUGAGAGAACUCACUUAGGAGAUAAACCAUAUGGAUGCCAUCUAUGUGGGAAGGCUUUCAGUAAAUGUUCUUACCUUAGACAACAUGAAAGAACUCACAAUGGAGAGAAACCAUAUGAAUGUCAUCUAUGUGGAAAAGCCUUCUCUCAUUGUUCUCACCUUAGACAACAUGAGCGAAGUCACAAUGGAGAGAAACCACAUGGAUGUCAUCUAUGUGGGAAAGCCUUCACUGAAUCUUCUGUGCUUAAACGACAUGAGAGAAUUCACACUGGAGAGAAACCAUAUGAGUGUCAUGUAUGUGGGAAAGCCUUCACUGAAUCUUCUGACCUUAGACGACAUGAGAGAACUCACACUGGAGAAAAACCAUAUGAAUGCCACCUAUGCGGAAAGGCCUUCAAUCACUCUUCUGUCCUUAGACGACAUGAGAGAACUCACACAGGAGAGAAACCAUAUGAAUGCAAUAUAUGUGGUAAAGCCUUCAAUAGAAGUUAUAACUUUAGACUUCAUAAAAGAGUUCACACUGGAGAGAAACCAUAUGUUUGUCCUCUAUGUGGAAAAGCCUUUAGUAAAUUUUUUAACCUUAGACAACAUGAGAGAACUCACACUAAAAAAGUAAUGAAUAUGUAAGAGUCGUCAACCAUAGUGUUAACACUAAAUACACCCAAGGACUGACAUACUACAGGAACAUUUUGUCUGUAAUCAGUGUGGAAAAGCCUUUAUUUGUAAUUACCACUUUGCUCAACCUAAAUGAAUCCAAAGUAGGGAGAAUCCAUAUGUAUUUAAGCUGUAUGGCACAAACUAUGAGAGAAUGAAACUAUAGAUCAAAGGAAUGUGGAGGAGUCUUCAUCCAAAGCUCUAACUGUUAAACAAACAGGAGAAAUCACAUCACAAAAAUUCUGUACCUGUCAUCAAUGUGAAAAUGCCAUCCUUUAAACAAAUGAGUAAAAUUGACAGGCGAGCAACCAUACGUCUGUAAUUGCUGUGCACUGUCAUUCAGCUAAGCACCAGUUUUGGUGUCUGCAAGAAAAUUCAUUAUCAGGUAACUGAUAAAAACAGGAAAUUUGUGAAAAUAUUUUUAUUAGGUGGAUGAGGCCUUUUGCACAAUUCCAGAAAUUCAUAGUAGAGAAAUUAUUCAGUGAGAAAUCCUUUUCUUAAUACAGCAGCACUUCUAUAAUAGAUCAGAAUUCACAUGGUGUAGAACGCUCAGUGACAUGAAUGGAGGGCAGUCCUCAGUAAAUUACUCAUUCCUUAGUCAAUACCAGCAUUUUUCCACUAAGAAAACAAUCUUGACAUGAUAGUAGAAGAACCUUCAAGCAGCUUUCAUGUCAAAAAAGACAGGAAAGAAAACUCUAAAAAGCCAUUGAGAUGUAUAGCUGGGGGACAAGACAUAAAGCCAUCAAGCACAUGCUUGAGAAAAAAAAAGUAUAGUUUUGAGCAAAGACUUUCUACUUAAAAUACGUGGGAUGAAAUGUACAACUCUGAAAUAACCUGGGAAUAUUGAAUGCAGAAUUGUGUAAGAAGUAAUAAGAUUAAAUUAGUACUGUCAAAAAUGCAAGCAUUAAAUGUUGUUGCUGAAUAAUCUAAUAGGUUGAUUAAACUCUUAUGUUUUUUGUUUGUUUGUUUUUUGACACAGUCUCGUUCUGUUGCCCAGGCUG